ACUGUAGAAUUUCGCCGUAAGCAGUCACGUAUUUUAAUGACUUAAAUAUAAAUUUAAAGUCAGACUUUUUAUAUCAUUUUUACUCGUUUUGUUUAAAACAUAUCAAAGAUGGCAUGGAUUCUUUGUUUUUGUUGUUUGUUUGUAACCAGUCUUCUACAUGACGUUACCGUUAAUGCGUCACAAACAGGAAGCGAAGAUGCGGAUGUGAGAUGGUCAAUUGACGCCCCUUUUACUUCCCCGAGUUCUCCAAAUAACCUUGCACCCGGCUCACUUAACAGUUUACCUGGGACCACAGUUGCACUUGCAAGUUCACAUCGAGAUGUUCUUGUAAACGCACAUAACCAGGCCCGAAGAACGACUUCGCCAACUGCAACAAAUAUGUUGAAAAUGACGUGGGAUAACGAACUCGCUGUCUUGGCAGCAAACUACGCAAGAAAAUGUUUAUUUGCUCACAAUAGAGAUCGCAGUCACAGUCGUUUUCACCCAGUGGGGGAAAACAUUUACAUAUCUUCUGGAAAGGCGUUUAACACGCGGUACGGAUCGGAUGCUGUUCGAGAUUGGAAUAAUGAAAAAGUUGAUUAUAACUAUCAGACGAGGACAUGUACGCCCAACAGAAUGUGUGGGCAUUAUACCCAGGUGGUAUGGGCGGAGACGUUUAAAGUUGGUUGCGGAGUGGCAACAUGUCCAACUGUAAAUGUUCGCGGAAAUCGCUGGACUGAUGCGACUAUUUUAAUAUGUAAUUAUGGACCUGGGGGAAACUAUAUAAACAGUGCACCUUUUGAAAGUGGAGCAACUUGUUCAAACUGUCACUCAAGCGAUUCGUGCGAAAACAAAUUGUGCACCAAUCGUGGAAGAGAUGCAUUAAACCGACCGGCGGCCAGUUGGUUAAGUUGGACGCCAUGGACAACUUGUAGCAAGACAUGUGGAUAUGUUGGUACACGUCGUAGGUCAAGAGAAUGCAACACAUUCGUAAACAAGGAUUGUGGUAACAAAGCAACCGAGUUCGAUUUUACUUGCGCAUCAAUUCCUUGUGGUGGAACAACUACUUCAGGAUCAAGGUGGAACAGUUGGACACAAUGGACUACAUGCCCGGUGACGUGUGGUGGAGGUAGAAAGACAAGAGAAAGAACUUGUACAACAGGACGUAUCCAAGAUUGUGACGGACCAAAUCAGCAGUUAUUAUCGUGUAAUAGACGACCUUGUCCAAAUUGGAACAGUUGGAGACAAUGGGGGAGUUGUUCUGAAACUUGUGGAAGUGGUCGUAGAAGAAGAAGCAGAUCAUGCAACACGGGAACAGAUUCUGAUUGCGUUGGAACAUCUGAAAGUUCCGAUGUCUGCAACACCAAUGUUUGUCCAACAGGUUGGAGUGCAUGGGAACCAUGGGGGAGGUGUUCACAUUCUUGUAACAGAGGCAUUCAGUUACGCAGAAGAAGAUGUCUUUCAUUAUCUUCAACUGAUUGCCCUGGAUCACCAAGCCAAACCCAAGCUUGUAAUUCCCAAUCAUGCACAAGCCAACAAGCCGUAUGGUCAAAUUGGUCUGCUUGGUCUGCAUGUUCUACAAGUUGUGGUAACUCCGUUAGCACAAGCACACGUACAUGUUCACAAACUAAUGCUUGCACAGGAAGAACUCAAAAAACAAAAAAUUGCAGAAAGCCUGCUUGCACCACAUCUAAUUGGUCAGCAUGGGGAUUGUGGUCAACUUGUUCGAAAACUUGUGGUUCUGGUACAAGGUCAAAGCAACGGACCUGUAUCCUUGGAAACACUGGCCCUGCUUGCUCAGGUCAGAGUGUUGCCAGACAAGCUUGUGCUACAAAUAGAUGCCCAUAUUUCUUAAGUUGGGGAUCUUGGUCAGUUUGUUCAACGACUUGCGGAAGUGGAACAAAACACAGAAGUCGUCCAUGUUCUACUGGCAAUACUGCCGAUUGUAGAGGAAGGAAAAGACAACAGAGACAAUGUUCAGUGACAUCUUGCACUUUGUCUGGUUGGCAGUCAUGGGGGGUUUGGGGGCAAUGUUCAAAAACGUGUGGUGGUGGUAUAAGGGAACGUAUUCGACAAUGUGAUCGUGGAAAUAGUGACCAAGGAUGUGACGGUGAUACCACGUCUACACAAAGAUGCAAUCAACAGAUAUGUCCAGCAUACAGUGGGUGGAGUGGUUGGAGCUCAUGUUCAGUUACGUGUGGUCAUGGUGUCAAAAUAAGGAACAGAAUCUGCAAUACUGGAAGAAACUCUGAUUGUACUGGGGCUGCUUCAAAUUCUCAAGCUUGUAUGAAAAGACAAUGUACUGUUUCAGGGUGGAGUCCAUGGACAAGUUGGGUGGAAUGUUCUAAAACAUGUGGUGGUGGAACAACAUCACGUAAUAGAUUGUGUAAUGUUGGGACAACAGGGGGUAGUUGUUCAGGAGCGACUUCACAAGAUCAAAUCUGCAAUUCUCAUUCCUGUCCCGUGUAUUCUGCAUGGUCUCAAUGGUCAACAUGUUCCACUACGUGCGGUGUUGGAUACAAUACAAGAAAACGUGAAUGUUCAAGUCAAACAGAUGCUUGCUCCGGUGCAUCAACUCUAACAAGAGUUUGUUCUAUUGGAAGGAAUUGUACAAGAGUACUAGAAGAUCCAUCUUCACGUUCGGAUGUAACUAGAUCACCAAAUUCAGCUUCCAGAAUCUACACUUCAUUUUAUUUGUCUAUUUAUAUUAUUGUCGCCUUAAUUAUGUUAUUUUUUACUUACUGAUACAUGUUACUAUACUUUAACUUAACUUUCUGUAACUUGCAUUCCUGCAAUUAAUUUAUUUAACAUUGCAAUAAAAUUAUUUUUAAUCCAUUCACACAAACAGUUUGAAGACAUUCGUAACAUUUACUUUAUAAAUAUUUGAAAAUAAAAAGAAAUCAAAAAUCAA